AUUCCUUUAUGCUUUGUUAUCUGCGCUUUAUGCUUCUGUUUCCAAGAUUGUGGAUGUUACUUUCGUAAAUUUAACGUUUGAAAUAUUCCAUAAUAGAAUCCUUCCUUUCAUUUCUUUCUUGCUGUCUACUCCGUUUAACAUAGAAUAAAGAAAUUUCAAAAUUAAUUUUUGUAAUUUUAUGUGGAAUUCAUCAAGCCUAAGGAUUAAUAAUAAAUGGUUUUUUAUAAAGUUCAGUCAAUUCUCAUCAAUGCUGAAAUAAUUAUACAGCGGCUGUUAAAGUAAAAUCUGAGUUGAUAUAUUUUUUUAUUGUUUAUAUCAAUUUUGCUUAUAUCCACUUUGCUCCGUUAUAAACAAGCAACAAUUGCAAGUUAAAAAUAUUAGAGUAACGUGUUUUUAUUGAUUUUAUAUUUUUGGAUACUAGUCAGUCAUAAUGAUGAGUGUUGCUGAUCCAUUGCUGGCUUCUACAGCUGAAGUAUUUAAUAAAAGAAAACCUUCUGUGGAGGAUUCAGAAUGGAGCUAUGAUUUUCAGUCGUUAUGGGAAGAAUUUGAAGGUUCUUCUAGCGACGAUUCAGUUCCAGAUAGCGUCGAAGAUACUUAUAUGGUUCCCGAAGAUCAUUUUACUGCAAAUAUUGAUGAUAUAUUCUCUAAAGAAAGUUUAGUUAAAAUUAAACAAGAAAGUUUAGAUGUUUUACCCCCUUUAGAUGUCGAGAUUAACAAUCAUGAAAAAAAUUUAUCAAAAGAAUUUUAUAUUAAAAUAGAAGACGAUGCUUUACCCCCUUCACCAACUGACUAUUUACCUGUUCCAUUAAAAUUUAUAGAUACUAGUAGCCACUGGCUUAAUAAACAAGAACCUAAUAUAGUUUCAUGGUCCGAAACAAAACAAUCGCGUCAGCGAUUUGAACCUGUAAUUACUACAGUUUUACAAGAUUCUCAAAAUCUUCUUAGUAUCCAAUCAAAUAGCUCGAAUUCUUUAGAAGCUGUACCUCCUCAGCUUAUUUUAACUACUCUAUCUAAUGGAGGAACUACAGAAUGCUAUCAAAUUGUGAGUCCACAAAGUACCAUAAGAUUAGAAACAUAUCAUCCUGCUAAAAACUAUUGUAUUAUGACAAACCGAGGACCGGUAGCCGUAAAUUUAACUGAACUUUCAAGUAUUACACAGUUAAAGCAAGGUGAGAAUUCUAGACCGCUUGUCAUAUCACCGGUAGAUAUUGAUCCAAGAAUUAUUGAAAAACAUUUUUUUAAAUCAACUCAGCAAUCUAAAGGUAAUCCUUUAUAUACCGCAAAACCUAGAACAAUAAGUACAACAAGCUUGGGUGAAAGUAUCCAAGUUCGACGUGCUGCAGCAAGAACACAUAAAUGUACCCAUCCUGGGUGUACAAAAAGUUACACUAAGUCCUCUCAUCUUAAAGCACACCAAAGAACCCAUACAGGGGAAAAACCAUACGCUUGCUCAUGGAGUGGGUGCGCUUGGCGAUUUGCUAGAUCUGAUGAACUAACUCGACACUUUAGGAAACAUACUGGCCAGCGACCGUUUCGUUGCUUGCGUUGUCACCGUACGUUUUCUAGGUCUGAUCAUCUAUCUUUACAUACAAAAAGACAUCUAGCUAACUGUUAAAAUGUUUUCUUUGUUAAUAUUAGAGCAUCUGAGUUCUCUAUUUCCCGAUAUUUAUAUUUGUAUAAUUUUUUAUAUUUCUGAUUACUAUUCAUUACAAUUUCACUCUCCAUCUUAUAUAUAUAUAUAUAUUAAUUUAUAUAAUUAUAUUUAUAUAAAUAUUAUAUAUUUAUAUAAAAAUAAUUUAUAUAAAUAUUUAUAUUUUUACUAAUUAUCAGUUAUUGUUAUAUUUGAUAUUUAUUUUUUUUAUUCAUUCAAAAAAUAAAUCUCAAGACUUUUAAGAAUAAAAUAGAAAAAAACAUUUUUUUUUUCCAUUUUUAUACUGUUUACUUAUCAUAUUUUUGUACAAAACUUUUUUAACUUAUUCUUGUUGCUGCUGCACAAUGUUUGAGGCUCAUCAGGUGAUCAGGCGAUCAGGUGAGCACAUAUUUUUUUUUACAAGCUCAUAGUUGUCUCUAGAUAUUUUUCAGAAUAGCAUUUAAUGAUUUGUACAUAAAAUUGUUUUUAUCAUUAUAUAUUGAAUAGGUAAAGAAAUUGUUACUAAAUUAA